AGCACACUUGCUGCUGACUGUAGCUUCCCGACUCCUUCCUAUGAUCGUUUGACAGCUUCCAAGCUGAUACCGGAAGAACAGAAAGCUGCCGCAUUUAACAUUUUUCAACUUUCCAAUCGAAAUCUGACCGAUUUCAGAUCUUCGAUUUCAUGGCUUCGAGGAGAAACCCCAGCUUUAAUAACCCCAAACCAUGCCCGCACCUCUCCUCCUACCGAGAAAAACACGGCCUUUCCGGCUACGAAUCCUUACAGAAGAGCCUACGCUCCUCGCCCAGCGGCCGCACAGUUCUCAGUCGUCUCCAAUCGACAAAUCCUACCUGCAGUUCCUGCCCUAAUACGUCAAUCGGCCGUCUUUAUUUCUGCUUGAUAUGUUCUUCCAUCUCAUGCCCUAGCCACGCCGCUUCCCACUCUAUGUCCUUUCCUGGCCACGACAUCUCCGUCGACGUCGAGCGCGCCGAGCUCUUCUGCCUCUCCUGCGCCGACCAAGUCUAUGAUCCAGAUUUCGACUCCGCCGUCGUAGCGGCGGCCGCCAAGAACCUUCAUCCCCCACUACGCCGCCGGAGGCGAAAGCCGCUGUUGAUGCUUUUGCCGCCUCCUGCUGCGAUAUCGAGCUUUAGGGGUAUAAGGACCGCGUUGAGGCAUCCAUGGGGACUGAGGGGUUUGAACAAUUUGGGCAAUACUUGCUUCAUGAACUCUGUAUUGCAGGCUCUGUUGCAUACACCGCCAUUGAGGAACUACUUCCUGGGUGAUCACCACAAGCGGGAGGUUUGCCGACAGAGGAGGAGGAGGAGAGGGGCUUUGGCGGUGGCUGGUGGGGGAGAAGGGCCGUGCUUGGCUUGUGUUGUAGAGGGAGUGUUCUUGGAUGUGUUUUCGGGCGACCGGAAACCUUAUAGCCCUGCGAGGUUUCUUUACAGUUGGUGGAAGCAUUCAUCUAAUCUCUCUGGUUAUGAGCAACAGGAUGCUCAUGAAUUCUUCAUUUCAAUACUAGACAAGAUACAUGACAAGGAGUUAUCUGGCUUUAAUAGUAAAGGCAUUGUUGAUUGCCAUUGCAUUGCCCAUAGUGUAUUUUCUGGAAUCCUGAGAUCUGAUAUCACAUGCACUGUGUGUGGCUUUACAUCAACUACCUACGAUCCAUGCGUCGACAUUCCCGUCGACUUGGAGACAGUCUAUCACACGGAUAAAUCUGCAAGCCCAGCUGAUAAAACCAGACUAUCCACUCUCACAGGAAGCCUUGACCUCUUCACAAGGCCUGAGAAGCUUGGCUCUGAUCAGAAACUAUACUGUCAAAACUGCAGGGUAAAGCAAGAAUCAGUGAAGCAAAUGUCCAUUCGAAGGCUCCCACUGGUCCUAUGCUUCCAUGUUAAGAGAUUUGCACACUCAGUGAUCCGGCGGACAUCGAAAAAGCUUGAUCAGUAUAUGCAAUUCCCGUUCUCUCUCGACAUGACACCAUACCUCUCAUCUUCAAUAAUAAGGAAUAGGUUUGGAAACAGGAUCUUUGCUUUUGAAGGAGAUGAAUCAGAUCUAUCAGGCGAGAUAUCCUCAGAGUUUGAGGUUUUUGCUGUGGUUACUCAUUGUGGAGGGUUGGAUUCAGGCCAUUAUGUUACUUACCUGCGUUUAAGAAACCAGUGGUACAAGUGUGAUGAUGCUUGGAUUACAGAGGUGAGGGAGGAGGUGGUGAGAGCUUUGCAAGGUUAUAUGAUUUACUAUGUACAGAAGGUUCUCUACCACAGGAGUGGAGAAGAGAGGGUGAUUCCUUCCACAGGGUGCUAUUGAAAGGUGAAGAAGCCUUCAGAAGCAAACUUAUUUGAUAAAGCUGACAUUACACCAAACAGGGGAGAAGAAAGAGGAAAGAUUCUGAUAGGAGCUAUAAAUGAAAACUGCAAGUGAAAAUCUUUGUACUGUUAAAUUGUUUGUUUUAGCUAUGUUUUGUUGAGUUCACUGAUUUUAAAGAGUUUUUCCAGUGAAGUAGAUUAUCACUUUACUGGUUUUGAGUCCUUUGUGAAUUAUUCUUUUGUUUUUCAUGGUCUCUCUCUCUCUGUGUACAUAGUUAUAUAUGAUAGUGGUUUUUGUAGUAGAUGAAAUAAUUGUCUCAUUUGUGGGAUUAUAACAUAGUAAGAUUUCCUCUAUUUUUUUACCUUA